AUAGCCACGGCUGGGAAUGUUUCUCCUUUCUUAUCUUCCCCUUCUUCCACAUAUGCCAAUGACAUCGAUUUGCCAGUGACCUCACCUACGUUGCAAUGUAUAUAAAAGUAACCCCCCACAAUGGCCCCCUCUCCCUGACACAUACUGUCUGCCGUUGGACUUUCUACAUAACGUGUGCACUUGCACUUUGAAAGCAAUGUUUCCGUCAUUUCGCAAUUUCAUACUGCUGUCGUCCUGCUUGUCUGCUCUCGCUGCCCCUCUAGAACCACCAUCGGGAGUGCUCUUUGGUGCCUGGUUGGACACGUCACCAGGAAGAGGCGAUUCACCGCUAUUGUUCAACAAGAGACUCGGCCAGAAUGCUUCUCUCUUUCAAAUGGCCCUCGACAUUCCUCUCAACCAAUCCGCGCUUCCACCAACCCACUUUGUCGAUGAGACAAAUACAGAUGCCAUUCUAUACUUGACCGUCUAUCCUCAGAAGCUCCCUACUUUCACGCCAACUGGAAAUGAAGUGUAUCAAGUUCUUGCGCCAGACCAAGUCGUGAAUGACUUUGCAAAACAGAUUGCUGAUUGGGUCAAGAAUGGACGUAGAACAUUGAUUCGGUUAGCGCCUGAGAUGAACGGCGGCUGGAACGCCUAUGGGCAACGUCCUGUCCAAUACAUCAAUCUCUGGCGUCGUGUUGUAACUGCCGUCAGGAACGCAGUUGCACAGUAUCCAAACUCUGUAGCGUUCAUCUGGUCACCAAACAUUGGCAGCGGAUACCCAUUUCCAAAUGGCGGCUUCAAUCCUUUUACUGCUCAGCCGUAUAGUGCAGCAAAUGCUGUCGAUGCCGCGGAAUUUGCCGCAUUGGACACUAACAAGGACGGUGUGCUGGAUAACAAGGAUGAUCCGUAUCUCCCGUACUGGCCGGGAACAGAAUAUGUCGAUUGGGUUGGCAUAUCCAUAUACUACUAUGGAUUAACAUUUCCAUGGCAGGAGAAUGCUAUCCCACCCGCAGGCUUCUUUCAAGCCAGCAUUGAAGGCCAAUUCAAUGGCGUCCAAGGAUCCCUUCAAGGUGUAAAUUUUUAUCAGACAUAUUCGGGAGCCACAAGUCAGUUCAAAAAGCCAAUGAUCAUUUCAGAGACGGGUGCUGCGUUUCACACCUACCUCAUCGCAAACAAUGCGCCCGUUCCAGCAGGAGCGGGGAACCUCCCUGUCAAGCAAGCCUUUUGGCGGCAAUUCAUGACCAAUGCCACAUUCCUUGCCGCCCAUCCCAACCUGAAAGGCAUCUGCCUAUUUGAAUUCGAAAAGGCGGAGGAAACAACCUGGCGCGACUUCCGAAUUACCAACGACACAAACAUUCUGUCGGCUUUUGUCCAAGACAUCAAUCAGCCAGACAUUCGAAAUUUGUACGUAUUUGCAAAUAGGACUGAGAAGAAGAUCGUCACGGAUCCAAAGAACGGUGGACAGACGAGUCCCGGUGGCACUGCAGGCACGAGCGCAAGCGCAGCUGUGCAACUGGGUCGUAAUGUAGGAAUGGUUGUGAUGCUUGCCAUCUUAGGUGCCCUCUUCACAACGCUGUAGAUACUCGAGCUAUAAUGAUACUUUAGAACUUAAUCUGCAUGUAUUUAGAAAGAGUAGCCGCUCUAGAAAAGGACAUGAGCACCAGAUAAUAUUACAAACUACCACGCAAAAGUAUA